UCCUCAGAAUCAAACAUUUAUAACGUCACGUACGUACAACCGACCCACCAACAUCAGCCAAAUACAAAAUUAUAUUAUAAACGUGUGACAAACCAUGCUGUAUUCUCCUGCAGCCCGCACUAUAAAUAGUAUUUCUUCGAUCAGUUCUGUUGAUUUCAUUCAGACGAGAAGUAUGAGCAAGAAACCCAAGGCGUACGUGACGCGCAGGAUUCCCGACCCCGGGACGCAGAUUUUGACGCCUUGCUGUAACGUCAGUUUUUGGGACAGCGAUGAUAUUAUCCCGCGGGAAGAGCUACUGAAAAACGUCGCGGGAGUUGACGCUAUUCUAUGUAUGCUGACGGACAGAAUUGAUAAAGAAGUCUUGGAACAUGCAGGGCCCAAUUUACAGGUGGUGUCCACUAUGUCCGUAGGCUAUGAGCACAUUGACCUCCAGGCUUGUCGAGACAAGGGGAUAGCUGUGACCAACACUCCGAAUGUGUCCUCAGACAGCGUAUCAGAACUCACGGUGUCGCUCGUGCUUCUGACUGCGAGACGGCUAUUAGAAGGUGCAUAUGCAGUGAAGAAUGGCGAAUGGGGGAAGUGGAAGCCUAUGUGGCUAUGUGGGGUGGAAAUGAAGAAGCGAACACUGGGGAUAUUGGGAUUGGGCCGGAUUGGUUAUGGCGUAGCCAAGAGAAUGAAACCGUUCGGUGUGGAGAGAAUAAUCUACCAUGAUGUGCAGAAAUUGAGCUUCGCCUCCGAAUUCGGUGGCGAGUUCGUGGAAUUUGACGAUUUGGUCAAAGAGUCAGAUAUUUUGUGUAUUUGUUGCAAUCUCAACCCGCAAACAAGGAACUUAUUUAACAAAGACACGUUUCAGAAGAUGAAAAAUUCAGCUAUUCUGAUCAAUACAGGAAGAGGGGGUGUUGUUAACCACAGUGAUCUCUUUGAAGCUUUGACAACCAAUCAGAUUUCUGCUGCUGGUCUUGACGUCACUGAUCCGGAACCGCUACCAGUUGGUCAUCCGUUACUUACUCUAAAGAAUUGUGUCAUUCUCCCACACAUGGGAAGCAAUACGUGGGAGUCUAGGAAUCGGAUGGCAGAAAUAGCGGCAGAAAAUAUAGUAGCUGUUCUAAACAAGGGCCAGGCAUUAGGGGAGGUUCUACGGAGAACUGAAGUGUAGCUUUAUUAUGUCAAAAGGUUUAAUUCAGCUUCAUAUUAUUCAUUGAUUUUAUAAGCAAUCCAUUCCUAUAUUGCUGAAUACAGAAAUAUGCACAGUGAAACUUGUCUAAUAUAAUGCGGACGUCAUUGGUACGAAAAACCUUCGGGUUAUACAACAUCCAGAAUGUAGAGUAUUUUUCAGUGAUAUAACUCGAAUUUGGAAGCCCCCCAAAAAUGUAUGUUUUAUACUAGAUUUCGGAUUGCAAAACAUCUGGUAUAGACAAUUUUCACUGUACUUCUUGGUUUGCUUUGUUAUUUUCCUUUAAAUAAAAGAUUGAUGAAAUGUU